AGAAACACUCCGCCUCAACACCAGAUCCAGACCGGCGGACCGCUUAACGUGACCGGCCCAAACACGCCCAUUUCAAGCCUCAGCCGUCGCUUCUGCCGCCCCUUUCGCGCCGCCCAACUCCCGUCCCUCGAGGCGCCAUUGUGGUUUCCAGCCAUCUACAUCCACCAUCCUCAUUAUGUCGCAUACCGUCGACGAUGCCCAAUCCGUGGCCGAAAGCUUACCGGAUGCCCCCGCUGGCGUCCCUACCAAGCAGUCCUACCGGUCAUUCAAGAAGAAGUUUGCUAAGCUGAAGGUCAAGUUCGAGCUUCAGAUGAGGGAGAGCGAAUCACUCAUCCGUGAAGGGUUGCGCAUCGAGGAUCUCUCGAAGAGGAUUCAGGAACAGAACGAUCAACUCUUGGAAGUUCUUCUAGAGUUCAAUGACAGUCUCCAUGUGUCCCCCAGUCUACGCUAUGAUCUGAGUGCGCCGGACGACGAUUCCUUCUUACCGCCUCCCGAACGAGACGUCCCCAAAUCCUACAGUGAUCCCGACGUGGCCAGCUCUGUCCUGCAAGAUGCCCGAGCAAGAUUGGCCGCCGGCCGCAUGUCAAGCGACGCUUACCGGGAGGUGGAGGAAGAUGUCAAGAGAGGCCAGGCAUUUGCACCGCAGAUGCAGUACACCUCCCUGACGAAGUUCCCCCAUUCCGGGCCUUUGCAGCCCGAGAACCCUGACGCUUACAAUCCUGCGCAAGAACUUGGGUUCUUGACUCCGGAAUACGAGACCGAGUACUGCCUGACUCUGGAUGCUCAGUUGGGCGACGAAGAGGCGCUGGAGCAGCUUGUUUGCAUCCCCAAAAAGCCAUCAUUGGCCGAACGCGAGAGAGACGCUGCUCUUCGCAGCCAUGUUUCUGUGCACAACUGGCUACGUCAAAACCAACCGCAGAUCUUCUUGCAAGAUAACGAGAACGCCUCGGAGAAGUCGGGUUCUCGACCCUCCAAUCUACGCACGUCCAAGAGGGCCCCGGCUCCGUCGCGCAAAGAUGAGGACCUGUAUGAUGACGACAGCAUUUUGGAGACUGCGUCAACCUCAGGAGGUACCAAAGGCAAACGCAAGCGCGAUGAAGACACCGGCUAUCGGCCCAAGGGUGGUAGCAGCCGCUCCAACCGGAAGAAGAAGGAUGAUGAGAACGCCACCCCCAAGCGACCCUCGAAGAGAUCCUCGGGAGUUUCGGCGACGAUUUUCUUACCUUUCAUGGCCAUCACCAUCCACCCCCCGGUUGUGGAGGACGUCGACGUCCCCUACCCCGAGUCCGACGUCGAUUCGAUGUCCGUGGAUUCAGACGGAGGAGUAGAUCUGGCAGCGGGAGAUGCAACAAGACCUAGCAAACGGCCUCGCUUAGUGGAGGGGACAAAUAUCGGCGCUGGAGUCCUUACGCCCGGUGAAGUGGUCACGGAUGAUCCGCAAUGGAUGAGAGGACAUGGCACAUACACCAACCCCCUAUCGACCUCCAUCAUCGCCACCGUCGCCGGUACGGUUCAGAAGACCAACAAAUUGCUAUCCGUCCAGCCCUUGCGGGCCCGUUAUACGCCGGAGAUCGGUGACCUGGUGGUUGGGCGCAUUGUCGAGGUGCAGUCUCGCCGAUGGAAGGUCGAUGUCGCCGCGCCCCUUCUCGCACAGCUCCCGCUUUCCGCGAUCAACUUGCCUGGUGGUAUCCUGCGUCGACGAACGAGCGCCGAUGAGCUACAGAUCCGAACCUUCUUCAGCGAGGGUGAUUUGGUUGUCGCGGAAGUCCAGACUGUACAUUCCGACGGAGGCGCAUCACUGCACACACGGUCGUUGAAGUAUGGAAAAUUGAGGAACGGUGUCUUCCUCGCUGUGACGGGUACGGGCGGCAGUGGUGCGUCUAGCUCGUCUGUGAAGGGUUCGACUGGGGCUGGGUCUACGUCGGCGGGAGCAGGGGGCGCCACAGGCGUUGGUGGAGUGGUUCGGUCUCGGAGACAGGUGUGGACGAUUAAUACUGCCAAUGGAGGUGGGGAUGUGGAUGUGAUUCUGGGUGUCAACGGUUACAUCUGGAUUUCUAAGCACGCGGACGGCGCGGCCGCUGCAUCGUCGUCGACGGAGAAUGUGUCUAUCACUCGCAUGGAGGAGAUGGUGUCGAGCUCUAUCUACUCGAGCCAGAACGACGAGAUCCCGCCGCAGACACGUCGGGAGAUCGCUCGGUUGGCACAGUGCAUUCGGGUGCUGGUCAACGGGGGAGUGCGGGUUGACGAGGAGACGGUGAUGGGGGCCUAUGAAGCCAGCUUACAGGUGGACCUGGAAGUUGGGGACGAAGAGGACGAGGAUGAUCGGGGCAAAGAGGGAAGAGAGUACCUGGAGGGCGGCAAGGCUCGCCGGAUUCUGGACCUGGUGCUGCAACAACAGGCGUAGAGCUAGAUGGAUUUCAAGGGCCUUUCGAUAAUACUUCUAAAGAGAAUAGAUACCCCGGCAAUGGACAUGUUGAUGCCUCCGCUGUGGUGUGUAGUCGAGCAGCUGCCUUUCGGAUUGCAGCAAUCGGAG